ACAAUUGACAAAUUCAUAAAGAUAUAAAUACUCUGUUUUUCUCAAACUCUAGUAAUUUUUCGUUAAGAUGUUGGUGUACAAAGCUGUGCUUUUUUUGGUGAUUUGUUUAAUUGGAACUUGUAAACGUUUUCCAUCAUAUAUGAAUAAGUGUUAUCGUAAUGAUAACACCACCAAAACAUGCCUCAUCGAAGCUGUAUACAAAUUGAAAGCUAAUUUCAAACGUGGAAUUCCGGAAUUUGGGUUACCUCCAAUGAAUCCUUUAAUUCUCCCCCAAGUUUCACUAGAAAAUAACGACAGUUUUAACGCUGUAUUUAGAAAUGUUGAAAUUUUUUACCUUGAUGAAUUGAUUAUUCAAGAUAUAGAUUUUAAUCUAAACAAAAACGAAUUUGAAACAAAAUUAAUUUUCCCUAAACUGAGAAUUAAAUCAAAUUAUCACAUCAAAGGUCACAUUCUGUUUUUUCAACUCGACGGAAACGGACCAGCCGACGGAAAUUUCACUAAUGUAGAAGUUGAAACAAAAUUGCAAGGAAGACGGUACCAAAAGAAAGGUAGAGAAUAUAUCAAGUUUUUUAAAAUGGAAGUUAAAGAACAUGUGUCUAAAGCUGAUUUCAAAUUUGAUGGACUUUUUAAAGACAAUUUGGAGCUCACAAGACAAAUGAAUGAAAUUGUUAAUGAAAACAUCGACGAGCUUUUACUUGAAUUGCAACCAGCUAUACAUGUCGCAAUUGAACAAACGGUGCUGGGAUUGAUUGCACGCAUUUUCGAAAAAUUUUCAAUACAAGAACUAUUUUUAGACUAGUUAUAUUAUAAGUUACGUUAAACUAAGGAAAAAUGUGAAGUGUUUAAAUUUUUACAAAAUAAAUGU